CGAUUUUUAUUGUCCCCUGGGCAACGGAAGGGAAAGUUGUCGAUUCCUUCGAUGCAUGCAGCCAGUUCUUCUGCCAAGGGGUUGAACCCCUGUUAUUUAAGAUGAUUAAACCAUCCAGAAUCUGUCAGCUCUAUGAGAAUAAAUACCACUUUGCCACAGCGUACAGCACAACGCUCCGGAUCCCCUUGUAUUCCGCUUACAAGCGCAGUUGGCUGGGAGAUCCCAGGGGAAAUAGACCCCAAGACUACUUCAUUGAACCACAGUUAGAUCUGCCUGGUGGUUCAAAUGAGAUGAGCACGGAGCCAGAAGAUGGAGUUGGGAUGAAUCAAGCCCUCAACAGUGAUUAUAGAAAUCAGUCAUACCAUCGGGGUCACUUGUACCCUUUCUCAUUUAACACUGGCAGCAGCACCGCCACAUGCACCCUCACCAACAUUGUGCCCAAAACACCGAAGAUGAACAGAAACUGGUUUCAUAAUGCUGAGAAAUUGUUAAAGCAAAUGCCAAUGGAGUGUCCAGAAGGAACAACCUUAUUCGUGAUCACUGGAGUCGUCCCUUCCUUCCAAUUCCUCAACAACAGAGUGAACAUACCCCUAAUGGUUUACAGCUAUUUCAGCUGCUGCUCAGAAGAGAUUGAAGAAAAAGCUGCCCGAUCCGGUGGUUACAUCCUACGACUGGAUACAAAGGUCCCUGUUGUGGAAACUGUUACCCUGGCAAAAUUGCAAGAACUGCUUGGCAGCUCGAUUGAGGUCAAUCCAAAGUGGGCCAAGGUUUCAGUUUCCGAAAACGAAUUAGAUCUGUUGGAAGUGAUCAAUGAGAUUUUAAAGUCAAGCUGGCCUGAAAGACUCAGUAACAUUUUAACGGCCCUGUUUGAUGCUGUGAGCUUCAUUACAAUGUGCGUCUAUGGUUGGGUGGCUUGUGUUAUUCAUUGGGUGUUUAGAGUCAUUUAUGGAGUGGUGAGGGUUGUUUUGGGAGCUAUCAGUGCGGUUAUAGCCCUUGUCAAUCUACUGCUGGCUGCUGGGACUUACCUCAUAUGGACAAUACUUGGAUUAAUUGGUGGCAUUUGCUGGAUAAUUGGUGCUCCGGUGAUCAAAGGGUUCCUGUCGGUCGCCGAUAGCCUUCUGAGCCUCGUUACCAGUGCAACCAAGUUCCUUCUGACAUCCAUAGCCAGUAUUCCCACUUACAUCAUCAGUUUCAUCACUAACUUAAUCACACUGCUUUCCAGCAAAAGUUUUAGUCUCCUGCUGCUUUUCAGCUUCCUGCUGCCCACCUUCAGUUCCUUGGUCAGUUUAUUUAGCCUGUUUUCUGGAGCCACUUUUUUGAUUGCUAUUUGGCCUGACUGGAUCCUCUCAUUCAUCCAUAGCAUCAUCAAGCUCACUCCAUCGGUAGCCAAAACCCAUGCCCCUCCCAGGAACACAUACAAAUGGUCAUUCCGUGUCAUUCCGAGGGACCUGAUGUCCAAGCUCUGGUCAGCCAUCUCCGGCAUUCCACCCCCUUGGAAAAUGUUCCUGGCGAUUGUGUCAUUUCUGCCCAGCUUGCUUCUAGGAGGUUGGGGUAUUGCUAUGAAUGUGUUGGGGAGCUUGUUCUUUCUAGUCACGAAAAUCACAUUCGGGAUAUUUGGGACAAUAGCUACAGCUGUGCUGGGACUUGAAGCCCUUGUAAUUCAGGUGCUACAGACUAUUGGCAAGGUGGUCAGUGUAUGUAUUACAGGCCCAUCCUGGAUCUUCACCACUCUUAUCCCUAGACUCUUUCAGUACCUGGUCAGUUAUUUUUCAAAGUACCCAGUUUACGCAUCACUGAUUUUAGUGGGGGUUUUACUGAUUUGCUGCCUCCAAGUCCUGACAAAAUUCUUUUCAUUUUCUCGGUGCUCUGUGGCACUCAAACCAGGCACUUGCAGGUGCCUUGUAACUAAUCAACUUGAGCAAACUCCCAACCCUCCUGCCUCAGUCUCCAACAGGCUUCCAAGUAUCAAGUGCUCCAGUCAAAUUUCUGUCCAGCCUAAUACCAAAAGGGACAAUGUUAAAGUCUAUUUUAGUUAUGCUAAGGGACUAUGUGUUGAGAAUGCCAUUCCCAUCCUUGUCAUUGUUCUUGGAGUUUGCAUUGAUAAUACCAUAUCCAGCCCUUUCCUGUAUGGUGGCAUCCGUCUCCGUACAGUUGGGGUUGCUGUUGCUGUUUUGGUGUCUGUUCUUACUGACGGGACCAAUCCCAGAUAUUCCCGAGCCCUCCUCAUCACAGCAUUUGCUGCUGGUGUGGUUGUUAUACACAAUGUGAUCACCUAUUUUAUCACAGGAGUAUAUAAAUGUAUAUGUACAAUUUUCACAAACAUUGGCCUAAUCACUCUUCUAGCCAUUAGCAUGGCGGUUGGCCUCAUGAUGGCCAAUGGCGAUGAUUUGGAUAGUUUUGUUGGCAGAAUAAGUGCCAGCCUCCCCACAUCCCUUAAUGCAGCUUUCCUAAGCACUGCCACAGGCAUCAGAGAAGCUAUCAGGAAUCGGUCACCGAUCUUGGUUAGUUUAUUGGUGAUUAUUUUUAACCUACUUAUUCAGAGCAGUGAUCCCCUUAAAGAUAUUGUUACAGAAUUUCUUCAAGUAAUCUUUUUCGCAGGAGUUCUUAUUGCCCUUGCUUUGGUGAUAAAGGAGUCAAUUAACCUACCAAGUGGCCGAGACAAUUAGUCUGGCAAUGCAACGUUGAAUUAAACAAGUCUCAGUUACAGCAUUUUAAUGAAUUUUAUAAAGAUUUGACAUUAGUACAAUGAUUACGUUUCAAGAACAUUGAUUGCCUGUAAAGAGCUCUGGGGGGUCCGAUACGAAAACAGAAAAUGCUGGAAGAACUCAGCAGACCUGGCAGCGUCUGUAGGGAGAGUUAACACUUUGAGUCAGAAUGACUGUUUUGCUCUCCACAGAUGUUGCCAGACUGCUUCGUUUUUCCAGCAUUUUCUGUUUCUAUUUCAGAUUUCUAGCAUCUGCAGUAUUUUGCUUUUAUUUUACUGUGGGAGCCUGAUGUUCUGAAAGGCAUUUAUAUGUUGCCAUGUUCAUUCAUUCGCUUUCUUUCUUUCUCUCUCUAUAUCUUUCUUUCUCUCUCUCUUCCUCUUUCGCUCUCUCUUUGUUUCUUUCUCAAUAAACAAUUGGGAAUGAGAUAGAGGCUAAUCUAAAUGAAAGGUUUAGCCCCAUUAGAAUCAUAGAGAUUACAAUGCAGAAGGAAACCAUUGAACCUUACAGAGAGUAGGGAUGUUUGCCACGCAGCCCACAGACCCUAAGGAGUGUCUUGGGAUGUCUCACUACUGUAAAGGUGCGAUAUAAAUGCAAGUUGGACUUGUUGUUUAAAUGACACCUCACCCUUUCUCAUUCGCCUGUUCUCUUUUGUAUUUUUAUUCAUUCGCCAGCACUUAUUUCUCUUGGUCAGAGUCAACUGCAUUGGUGUGGAACAAAAACAGAAUUACAUGGAAAAACUCAGCAGGUCUGGCAGCAUUCUUUCUCUCUCUAUAUCUUUCUUUCUCUCUCUCUUCCUCUUUCGCUCUCUCUUUGUUUCUUUCUCAAUAAACAAUUGGGAAUGAGAUAGAGGCUAAUCUAAAUGAAAGGUUUAGCCCCAUUAGAAUCAUAGAGAUUACAAUGCUGUCGAAGGGUCAUGAGGACUCGAAACGUCAACUCUUUUCUUCUCCGCCGAUGCUGCCAGACCUGCUGAGUUUUUCCAGGUAAUUCUGUUUUUGUUUUGGAUUUC